ACGAUACCAAACGAAAUUUAGUUGAUGUGCAAUAGGCCGAAGAACAACACGCAAGAAGGCCUAGGCAGGUUUUAGUACCAACCAUACUUCCUGCAAAGACGUAAAACGGGCUCGAAAAGUAUAAUCUUUUCCCACCAAAACGGUCUUUUUUCACCAUAAUCUGUAAAGAAAGAAGGCGGUAAAAGUACCGGUGAGUGUAUUGUGGUGAAACAAACAAGGACUGACUAUUUUUUUCAAGUUUUGGAAACUAACGGCAUCAUAGGUAAUUCGGUUGUAAAGUUCAUUUCUCCGCCUUGGAAACAGCGCCGUGUUUGUCUCACAACGGCGGGAAACUGUAUGAGUCGUUCAAUGGUCAUGGGGCAAAAAGUGUCUGGCGGUAUGAAGCAGAUUGCCCGCGAGUCUAACUACAGCGCACAUCGGGAGUUGGUCUACAGCGGCGAUUUUCAAAAACCAAACAGACUGGACAUGUUGCUCGACAUGCCACCAAUUGAUACAGAAUCACAGUUAAAAUUCACGUGGAACGAGCAGGACCGUUCGUUAAAUAUAUUUGUAAAAGACGAUGACCCAUUCACAUUCCAUAGACAUCCAGUUGCACAAAGUACAGACUGUAUACGUGGUAAAGUUGGAUUCUCACGAGGACUACACGUUUUUGAGGUUCAGUGGAACACGCGGCAACGUGGUACUCACGCUGUGAUCGGUGUAGGAACAGAAUCUGCCCCAUUACACUGUGUUGGUUAUCAAUCGCUAGUAGGUUCUACAGCGGACUCAUGGGGCUGGGACUUGGGUAGAAGUAAAUUAUUUCAUGAUGCAAAACACCAACAAGGUAUACAGUAUCCAAUCUUACCACAUGAAGAAAAUCUGCAAGUACCGGACAUAUUCCAAAUGGUGCUAGAUAUGGACGAGGGUACUCUAAGCUUUAUUGUUAAUGGACAGUUUGUUGGAAUUGCAUUUAGGGGUCUCAAAGGAAAGAAAUUGUAUCCAAUGGUCAGUGCAGUAUGGGGACACUGUGAAAUUACACUAAAAUACCUUGGAGGACUAGAACCUUCACCUCUACCAUUGCAAGAGCUAUGUCGAAGGUCAAUAAGAGUAUCUUUAGGCAAAGAAAAUCUUGAAAAUGUAUAUGAACUCCCACUACCGAUGAUGGUCAAACGGUACUUACUUUUCCAAUGAAUAAUUUAGAAUAUAAGAAUAUGGAGAUUUUCGAAAGGAAGGGAUGCGGAAGCUGAAUGAAGACUACUCAAGCGUGUUCAAGCCAAGUGAAAUGACUACUGGGCCUAGCGCCAAUUCAUAAAAUCGAUGCAGUACUAACUUUCAGUGACGGGAUCCAAGCUAAAAUACAUCUAUUCCAAGUGAAGCAGCCAAGAAUUUUGAAGGGUAUCUUGUCUUGAUAUUCCAUAAUACUCUCAUUAUGUUGGGGUUUAUGAACUUGGUACAAAAGCAACUCCGUAUCUUGGAUAUAUUUCUUAAAGGAUUUGAACCGCCGACAUCCAAGACUGGUUGAAGAGCAACUCGAUAAAGUUUUAAAAUUGUUUAAACUCGCCACCACCUGCAGGUUCAUUCUGGAGGGUGAAAGUAGAGGAUGCAUUAUUACUCUCUCACAACCAAAAUCUGUUUACACAACAUGGAAAAAUAUAGUGUUAUGUUUUUUUUUUUUUGUCAUUUCUGUUUCUGCAACACCUUAGUUUAACAUGUGCUUCCUGGAGAUAUUAUCCCUUGUUAUAAAUGUAUUUAUUUAUGUCAUUAAUUAUUAAUUAUUUAUAUAAGUAUUCUAGAGACUACAGUAGCACUUAUUUCAUUUUGUCCAUAAUGUACCUACUAGUAAGUGUAAUAUGUUGUCCAUUUCAUAAACAAAAUCCUCAAGGCCUACUGGACAAUCCUGUUGCCGGUUCUGUUGCUUGCUGUAGCAGGAAACUCUGUCUUGAUUUCAUACGAGGAAAGACUGGUCCAGACUUCACUAGGUCUAGGAAUUUUAAUUGUUUUUACCAUCCAUUUUAGCUUUUAACCCUGUUCUGUUAUGCAAUACAGGAAUGUGUAUUCUAUUUUUUUCUAAUUGAUAUUUUCAAAAAAUUACAAAUACCAGUAAAACCAGAAUUUUUAAUAUUUAAAAAUUGAAAUAAUAUUGCUGCGACAUGUGCUGUGUAUACUGUGAGUACUGAUCUGAUUUUUUUGUUUUUAAUAAAAUUAUACAAUUCAAUAAGUCAAAGAUAUAUAUAAUAUAAUAAUGCUAUUUUUGUCUCUUGGUAGACAAACAAUAUUUACUGCAAUUUUAACUUAUUCUGCCUCGAAAAUGCUGUUUGUUUUUUACAGGAACUUAAGUUGCAUUGUUCAAUACCACUACAGUAAGCUAGACAUACCUUUGGAGUACAGCUGAAUGUGAUAAAACAUAGCGAUUAAUUAAAAAUAAGUUAAUAAAUAUUGUAACUUGAAUGCCAUCACCUUCCCAUAUACAGUAGAUUGUAGACAAUUAAGUUAUGGUUAAAACACUUGGUAAAGAAAUCAUAUGGAAGAUGUAUUUAAGUUGGUAUGCAAGUAUGCUAAUUAUUUAGAAUGAUAGUCAUGCUCUUUGUGCAAUAGGGGUCAGAGGUCAAAGCCAAAUGAAUAAAUAUAUUAUUUUUUAAAAGAAAACAAUGAGCUGUACAGUGAAAUAAAUAAUGCAGAGAACUUCUUUUAAUGAGCCCUGGUUUUAAAAUUCUAGUCAAGUCCUUUACAAAUGUGGAUAAAUUUAUAUGUACAAAUAUACAAAAUCUAAUAAAACAAAGUAUCUAUAGUGAUCAAUAGAUUUACUGUAAAACAGAAUCGUUCUUCAGUCUGAAGUAAUGCUUCCCAACAAAUUUCAACAACUUUAACCUAAAAUGGUAAUUAAAUAUUCCCCAGCAAGAUGGUAUUUUAGCACAACUACACCGAUACAUUUUAAAAUGUUUCAAACACUUUUAAACAUAGUUUUAGAUAAUGUGCCUGAUUUUAUGGUGGUGGAGGACUGUGUUGUUAUGUUUUAUGUUUUGUUUUGAUAGAACGAUGACAUGAUUCCUCCUUACAGUAUAUUUGUUUUCAUUUCUUUUUAUCAAACUUACGAAUCCUAUAAUCAAUGUCUCUUAUGUACUGUCAAAAUUGCAUUUUGUAGGACAUUUUUAAAUAUUCAAUAAAAACUAUUUAAUACAAGAUACAUGAA